AUGACGAGCUACUGCAGGCAUUGGAACAGAAAGAUAAUUAGGUACAUAAAAAGAACAAUAGCAAUAAAAGAACAAAUAAAUACAGAUGCCAUAGAGAUAGAAGAAUUCUUUACAAGACAACUGGAAGAAAGAAAAAGUCAAAUAAACCUGUUCGAAAGCCAAAAAAGUGAAUUACAAAGAACAAAAGCGUUGAUACAAAAACCAAAAGCCAACGGUUCGACACAAACUACAAUAAAUAAAACCGACUCAUAUAUCCAAACGGAGUCAGCAAAAAUGGUGACAUCAGCAAGCCGAACAACGAUUGGAACUGAAACAGUAAUAAACACACAAGGAAGACAAACAGCAAUUCAAACGAUGAAUGAAACUGAAACAGUAAUAAAUACACAAGUAAGUCAAACAGAGCAAGGACAGGAAACCGCCUGUCAAACCACGAGAGCUCCGAUCGAGGAAACAACAAAUGAAAUAGAAAUAGAUUGUGAAGUAAAACCAGAGAAAGACAGUUUAUAUACUGAACUAUUAAUAGCUCAACUACUACGAAUACAAAUUGACAAAGAAACACAAACAGCGGACUGCCAAAAAACGGGGUACAGCACAAAAGAAAUAAACACAACAGAGAGAGCAGUAGAAAAAGUCCCACAAAUCGUCAUUCUGGGUGAAAAUACAAUAAAGGGAAGUAUGCAGAUUCUCAGAAGAUUGAAAAAUGAGAGAUAUAUGACACAAACUGUCAAUAUAAUCACAUCUCAAAUGAAGAAAUAA